CAAUUUUUUUUUCAUUUCAUUUCAUUCAUUGAUUCAUUGUCUGAUUUAUUGUCAAAUGUUUUGCUGUUCACUUUAUUCAUCAUUCGACAAAAAAACAACAACAACGAAAAGAUGUUCAACACCGCCAACAUGAUUGGCAUCACUGCUGAACAUCUUUGUGAACUUUUAGGUCAUUUUCAUACGUUGACCGAUUCAUUACAUUCUCAUCAUCAUCAUCAAGAUAAAUUACAGCAUCAUUCAAGAAUUUUAUUAAUUGAUUGUCGAUCAUUUCUUGCUCACAAUGAAUCACAUAUUAUUCAUUCAAUCAAUGUUUUCUGUCCACCAUUUUUACGGCGUCGAAAUGGAACGAAACCCUUGUUAAAAACUUUGUUUCCGGAUAAUUUAAUUCAAGAUCGUCUCUUGACAGAUUUUUAUUUUCAUAUAAUUCUUUAUGAAGAUCAUGAUUUAACUUCUGAUUCAAUAUCAUUUUAUAUUGCACGUUGUUUACAAGAAGAAGCUGGUAUUAAAUAUAUUAAUUAUUUGGAAGGAGGCUUUAUUCGUUUUUGUAAUCGAUACCCUUUAUUUUGUACGAAUACACCACCACUACCACCAAAACCAUCGGUAAUGUUAAUAAAACCAUCAUUGACAAAAACACGUUGUAAUCGAACAAAUCGACGAUCAAAUUAUCAAUAUAUACAUACAUGGCCAUUUCGAUCGAAAUCAAAUAAUUAUUUUAAACCAUCAACACCUACAUCAUUAACAUUUUAUGAUGAUGGUAAUUUUCCAAGAAUAUUUUUUGAAGAUCAAACAGAACCUGCCGAAUUAUUACCUUAUCUUUAUUUGGGUAAUGAAUGUCAUGCAUCAUCAAAAAAUCUAUUACUUAAUCUUGGUAUAACAGCCGUAUUGAAUGUAUCACAAAGUUGUCCAAAUCAUUUUGAAAAUGAAUUUUAUUAUAAACGUAUACCGAUUAAUGAUUCUAAAUGUGAUGAUAUUACUAUUAGAAUUAAUGAAGCUUUAAAUUUUAUUGAUGAAAUCAAAGAAGAUCGUAAUGGAAAAAUAUUGGUUCAUUGUCAAGCAGGUAUUAGUCGAUCAGCAACAAUUUGUAUUGCAUAUCUUAUCAAAAAGAAACGUAUUCGUAUGGAAGAAGCAUAUGAAUUUGUUAAAUCACGUCGUCAAUUAAUAUCACCAAAUUUUAAUUUUAUGACACAAUUAAUGGAAUUUGAGGAUCAAAUAUUUUCCGAUAAUAAACAAAUCUAAAAAAAAUAAUGUAAAAUUCCAGCCUUAAAGACCAUUUGGUGGUUUGAUGAAAAAAAAAAAAAAAUUUCUUCUCUUCUCUUCACCAUACUUCAUUCUCAUUAACACUAAUCUCACCUGUUGUUGUUGUUGUUGAAUACAUUUAGAAUCUCCAUUUAUAUUUUGAUAGAACAAAACGAUUUUUUUUUCAUAUUUUCAUAAUGUAUCAUGUAUCAUUAUUAUUGUUAC